AUGCUCCCGACGCUGCACGACCACCUAGUGGCGGCCUACGCGGAGUCCGGCCGGCCGUGGCCGCCGCGUGCCUCGACCCGGACGACGCCGCCGCCGCCAGCCGCCGCCCAGCAGGCUGAGCACCUCGAGCAUAUCUGCUCGUGGCACGCCGGGUGCUGCAACCCGUUCUUUGUGGCUCCGCUCCCCGAGCGCCGUGCUCUCGUCGCGGACUAUGGCCACGGGACGAUCGCGGUGGUCUGCCUGCUCAGUGGCUCUAUCCUGCACGUGAUCUCUCUUCCGCCGCAUACCGAACCGUGCGGCUCUUCGGCCCUUCGCCGACCGCUCGGCGUGGCGAGGUCGGCAGCCUUCCUCUACGUCGUUGACGGCGCGGCCGCCUGCGUGCUCCAGCUCGACCUCGAGGGCCGCCUCGUCCGCUCGUUUGGAGGGGGGGGCGACAGCGGUUUGCGUGCGUGCGGCGACGACGCGAGCCUGCCGCUGCUGGCGCCAUACGGAUGCGCCUUUGCUGCGGCCGAAGCGGGAAGCGCGUGUGGCGGCUCCGAGCGGCGCCACUCUGCCGGCGCGAGAGAGCCGCUGCUCUACGUGGUCGACUCUGGCCGCCACCGCGUGGUUGCGUACUCGGCGGACGGCAGGCCGCGCUUUGCCUUUGGGAGGCGUGGCUCGGGGGCGGGGUGCCUGCACGACCCUCGCGGCGUUGCGGUGCACGGCGGGACGGUCUGGGUUGCGGACAUGUGCAACCACCGCGUCGCCCUGUUCACGGCAGAGGGCGCUCCCGCUGAAUGUGCGUCGUCGGCGACGGCGGCUCGCUCCCAGGAGGCGGCGGGCGAGGCCGCGCCUCGGGCGGGCGGCAGCCGCGACGAGCGCGUGGGGCGGGCGAUGCAAGCGGCGGGGCUCGGCGACAUGCUCGCGUGCUUCGAGCCUGGUGACUUGCACGCUCUGAUGCCGGCCGUGUAUGCGGACGCCGCGGCACACCCGGAGGCGAGGGGCCGAGCGUUUUUGAUCUCUCGGUAA